AUGUCUAGAGUAUAAAAAGACAGAUUGCUCAAAUUAGGAUUGAAGGAGAAAAAGCUAAUUCGUUUAUUAUAUCACAAGGAUCUAAGUGAGGAGGAUACCAUAUUCUUAAACACAAUAUAUGAAGAAAAACAAUAUUUGCACUUUACGUAUGCGCUUGCACUGCCCUGCAUGAUAUCAUUAAGCACCAAUUACGCAUUGUUUAGAUAGAACUCCAAAUGGAUGUAGGUGGGUUAUGUGGCAGUAAUUGGAUUAUCGAUGCAUUUGUACUGCAAUUCGAAAGUCAACAAUCGAUUUUAUAAUUUAACCCAGCCUUUUUUCAAGAAAUAUGAAAUAAAUUGAGUUAGCUUAUAAUCUUGUAGUUUAUAAUAAAUAAUAUUAAUGACUAAAAAUACAAAAA